AUGGAUCACUCAGACUUCCUUCCGCAGGUCUGUAGCACUGAUGCCGAGAGAUGGCUGUGCUUGGCGCUGCUCCGCAUGGCCUCUAACCUCGGGAUUCUGGCCGCCCAUGGUGCCCUUGCCCGCCUGCUGGUUGAUGGCGUGUACUCCGAGAGAAGCGAAGAGAGUCUGCUGCUUGCUGCAAGUUGCCUUGAGAAGUUUGCACUUGAAUCAGCCGAAGCCGGAGAGUCUGACAUGAAAGAGCCCUUGAAGCAUGAAGUGUGUUGCAAGCAUGGCUGCGUCUUCGGCUGGGAUUCUCAUGGCUGGCAGCCACACAGCGCGUUCGCGCGCGCGGCCGAGCUGUACGAAAACGAGCUGCGAUCUCAACCCGGAUCAUGGGCAAAGUCCCGGGAACUCUGGUCUUCGGCAGCUGAGUGCGCAUUGGAAGAUCCCAAGUUGGCCAAGCAAGCCAUGAGGUAUACCGAGAAAGCCGAGUUGGAGGAGCCGGAGGCGGACAACGCUCCUGUUGUGGCUGAAGAUACCCAACACGCCGCGGGCGACGGCCUGGUGAUAUGCCUUCAGGGGGACUUGCGCGAGCGCUUCCAGCAGUUUGCAGCGGCCUUCGCCUCUCCGGAGCAUGCUGUGGAGCAUUUGCUCCAGCUCUUCGAGCAGGCCGUCGCCAAAGAAGCUUUUGCUGAUGGGGCCAUGCCAGUGCCCGAGGCCAAGGAGGAGUGUGCGACAGAUGUGGCUGCUCCGCUCAAGGAGGCAGAGGUGGACGAAGAUGUUUGGGCCCUUCUCGGAUGA